AUGUCUGCCGACUCUCAACUCUCUGCUGUCAUUCAGCGUUUGGAGGCUGCUGCACUGCGUCUAGAAACUCUUGCCAAGAUUAAUACUCAAGAUUGCACCACUACAUCUGCUGCCACUACUGAUAGCACUGGACUAUCGCCUGCUCUGACUGCGUUCGACACGCUCCUGAACGGUCAGUUCAAGACCUUUCUGGCUCUCAGUAAAACCCUUGGCGGUAUUGUCCAUGAACAGUCCCAAGUGGUCAGUGAUGCUACCAAGGCUCAACGUCAUUUGAUUCAAGUGGCAUCCUUGUCAAAGAAACCCGAUACGGCUACCACACAGGAGCUUAUCAAGCCUCUCCAGCAAUCUCUUGCCAAGGUCACUGAACUCAAGGACAAAAACAGACCCUCUCCUCUAUUCUUCCAUCUUUCUACUGUUGCUGAUGGUAUUGGUGCACUUGGCUGGGUUGUUGUGGAACCGGCUCCAGCUCCAUACAUCAACGAGCUCAAGGAUGCUGCUCAAUUCUAUGCCAACAGAGUCAUUAAAGAAAACAAGGACAAAGACAAGACUCAUGUUGAAUGGGUUUCAGCAUACGUUGGAUUUAUUACUGAACUUGGUGCGUAUGUCAAGCAAUGGCACACCACUGGUCUGGCCUGGAAUCCUCGUGGUGGAGAUGCAAAGUCUGCAGCUGUUCCUGCCAGUUCUGCAGCGGCUGCUCCUCCGCCUCCUCCUAUGCCCACUUCAGCCCAGCUUGAAGCAUUCGCUCCAAAAGAAUCCAAAGUAGCCUCUUCGGGUGCAACAAGCUCGCUGUUUAGUGCCAUUAACAAGGGAAAUGUUACUGCUGGUUUACGCAAGGUCGACAAGGCUGAAAUGACCCAUAAAAACCCAGAACUGCGUGCUACCAGCGUAGUCAAAGCAUCAGAUACCCAUGCCAGUAUCAGCACAGGACCCAUCCGUGGUCCCGCUAAACUUGCUCUCGAAGGCAAAAAGUGGAUUGUUGAAAACCAAAUUGGCCAAAAAAAUCUUGUGAUUGAGGGCGUUGAACUCCAGCAUGUAGUAUACAUCUACAACUGUCAUGACUCGACUAUCCAAAUCAAGGGAAAAGCCAAUGCUGUUACUGUUGAUGGAUGCAAAAAAACCGGUGUUGUUCUUGAAAACGUUCUUUCUACUGUCGACAUUAUCAAUAGCAAGUCUGUGCAAGUGCAGAUCACAGGAAAAGCUCCCAUUCUUGUCGUUGAUAAGACGGAUGGAUUCCAAGUAUACCUCUCCAAGGAAUCUGAAGAUGCAGAGAUCUUUACUGCCAAAAGUUCAGAAAUGAAUGUUCUUAUUCAAGGUGCUGAUGGCGAGUAUGUGGAACGAGCCAUUCCAGAACAGUUCAAGACUGUAUUCAAAAACGGAGCACUUGCUACUGUUGCUGUUGAGCACAAGGGUUAG